AUUUCUUUCUUCGUCUCUAUUCUUUCUCCAAUCUCCACGCCCGACAAACUAGUCACAUCAUUUGAUUAGCUAGGUAGCUCACAAUUCCUUAAAGGGGAAUGUGAGUUAUCUAGAUAUCUUCCUAGACUGGAAAACCCCGCAACUUCUGGGAUGCCGAUUCGUGAUCAAAGCAUUGCGGUUACUAAAUUGGGGACAGGGUAGAAGGGCUCGGCGAAGCGACUUUUCAGGAACUACAAAGUACGGAGCCAAUCACGACGGAAUAUAAGCUGCCGAUAUGGAGAACUCUUGAUCGUCGAUAUUGCAACAUCGUCGUGUGGGGUCUAUCUUAGAUCAAGCAGUAUCCAUGAAACCCAUGUGGGAGUGGAAUGGACAAGAUGAGUACCGUAUACAUCUCCCGAACUAGCGCAUCUGUACAAAUUCAUGUGAUGCCGCGAAUGAAAGAACAACUUUGCCUAUUUUCAAGGGUGUCUUGCGUAUCUAUGUAUCUAGGGAUGCCAGCUCGACGACUAAGAAAUACACGUCUAGCAUUGGUAUCUAGUAAUUAGAAAUUCAACACCUAGGCCAACGAAGCAGAUUUCAUACUUCAAGUCAUCAGAUAUAACAUCUACAGUUUAAUACCUAAGAUAAGGCGUGAAUAUGUCACUUCCGUAUAAGAACGUUCUCUUAAUCGGCGCGACGGCUGGAAUCGGUCUUGCCCUCGCGGAGCGUCUAAUCGAGAACGGCAUCUUCGUCAUCGGCGUCGGUCGUCGCAAGGAGCGACUCGACGCCUUCGUGGCCAAGCAUGGCCCUGAAAAGGCCGCCGCUUCACAAUUCGAUAUCACCAAGGUUGACCAGAUCGAGGGAUGGGUUAAAGAAAUCACGACCACCUACCCCACCAUCGACGCCGUGAUCCUGAACUCGGGCAUCCAACGCACACUAGACUUUACCAAACCGCAAGCCAUCGACCUACCACGCACCAUCCAGGAGCUCAACACCAACUACACAUCCUACCUCUACCUAAUCACCUACCUCCUCCCACACCUGCAAGCCCGCGCCCCGAACCCAGCUGCUCUCGUGGGUGUAUCGUCCGGUCUGGCCCUAGUCCCCCUCCCACGCUGCGCGAACUACUGCGCCACAAAAGCAGCGCUGCACUCCCUCCUAUGGUCUAUCCGCGCGCAACUCGAGCGCAAUGAGGGCAGUAAGCAUAUCAAAAUUAUUGAGAUACUGCCCCCCGCAGUGCAGACGGAGUUGCACUCGCAACAGGCGGAGCUUGUUGCUAUUGGAGAGGGUAAUAUUGGGAUUCCUGUGGAGCAGUUCUUGGAUGAGGCUUGGGCGGGCUUGACGGCGGGCGAUGCGGAGAUCCCGGUGGGGAUUGUGAAGGUGAGGUUUGAUACUACGGAGGAGCCCCGCCGUGAGCAGUUUGGCAGGAUUUUGAAGGCUUAUUAUAAAUGACUGCCGCGGUUGUAGGGGGGUGAUAGGAGGGG